AUGGUAAGCAGCGUCUCGCUUCAGUCCAGCAGGUGGCGCAAACGCAGCACGCGUUACAUAAGACCGCACGGGAAGAAUCAGCUGUUCACAAUUUUACCUGCAGUGUCCAUGAUGAUGGUGCAGGUGGAUGUGAUGUGCUGUAAAUCAGUAGGAACUGAUCUGUCUAUGCUGGAUAUUGAUGAUUUGAUGACAGAAAUCUGUCAGCUGAAGAAAGAGGUGAAGUUACUGGAAACAAAACUCAGAGAGAGAGACCAACUCAACAGAAAGGAUGUAUGUGGUGUUUCUCUCUGUGACUUCACUGAUCAAACAUCUCCAGAUCUUCUGCUUUCUGUCUGUAAUGAAGAGCAGAAGACAUCAGUGAAGCUGCUGGACUGUGCGAUGGAGCUGAAGACAGAAAUCACAGAAAAACAAACAGAUGAAGAUGAUGUGAUUUAUUCAGACCUGAUGGAGGAGGAAAGUUCAGGAUUGAAUGAAAUUGAGGAAAAACCUCAUCAUCUCAUAAUUGUAGCAGAAACUGAACAGAAUUUCUCACCAAAUAAUAGUCGGAUUGCAACAGACAAACAAUCUCCCUCCUGCCCUCAGUGUGGAAAGAUCUUCAAUCAUAAAUCCAAACUUACUAGGCACAUGAGAAUUCACACUGGAGAACGGCCGUACACAUGUGAUCAGUGUGGAAAGACCUUUAUUAGUAACUGCCACCUUAAGAGACAUUUAAAAAUUCACAUCAAAGAAAGAUCUUAUAGAUGUGACCAGUGUGGAAGGACCUUUACUUGUAAAGUCCACCUUAAAGACCACAUGAGAGAUCACACUGGAGAGAAACCUUACGGAUGUCAUCUGUGUGGAAUGAUGUUCUUUCAUAAAGCCAUGCUUCAAGCUCACAUGAGACGUCACACAGAAGAGAAAUCUCACCACUCCUCCUCAUCUAUAAAUGAUGUAUGUGGUGUUUCUCUCUGUGACUUCACUGAUCAAACAUCUCCAGAUCUUCUGCUUUCUGUCUGUAAUGAAGAGCAGAAGACAUCAGUGAAGCUGCUGGACUGUGAGAUGGAGCUGAAGACACAAAUCAAAGAAGAACAAACAGAUGAAGAUGAUGUGAUUUAUUCAGACCUGAUAAUAGAGGAAAUUUCCGAACCAAAUGAAAUGGAGGAAAAAACUCAUCGUCUCAUUACUGGAGAAGAAUCUGAACAGAAUUUCUCUCCUAAGAAUAGUCGAAUAGCAACAGACAAAGAAUCUCCUACAUGCGCUCAGUGGGGAAAGACCUUCAAUUGUAAAUCCAAACUUAAUGCGCACAAGAUAAUUCCUACUGGAGGAAAGCGUUACACAUGUCAUCAGUGUGGAAAGAGCUUCGCCCGGAAAUCUGAUCUUAGUAAGCACAUGAUAAUUCACACUGGAGAACGCCCAUACACAUGUCAUCAGUGUGGAAAGACUUUUAUGCGUAACUGCAACCUUAACAGACACAUGGAAAUUCAUACAGGAGAAAAAUCGUAUCGAUGUGAGGAGUGUAAAAGGACCUUCACUCGUAAAGACCAGCUUAAUGCGCACAUAAGAACUCACACUGGAGAAAAGCCUUACACAUGUGAUCAGUGUGGAAAGAGUUUCAUUCGUAGAGACCGACUUAAUUUGCACAUGAGAGUUCACACUGGAGAAAAAUCUUACAGUUGUGAUCAGUGUGGAAAGAGUUUCAUUCGUAAAGACCAUCUUAAUUCGCACAUGAGAGUUCAUACUGGAGGAAAAUCGUACAGUUGUGAUCAGUGUGGCAAGAGAAUCGUUUCUAAAAGCAGCUUUCAAGAUCACAUGAGAAUUCACACCGGAGAAAAGCCUCACACAUGUGAUCAGUGUGGAAAAAGCUUCAUUAAAAAAUGCAUCCUGAAAGCUCACAUGAGAAUUCACACCGGAGAAAAGCCGUACACAUGUGAUCAGUGUGGAAAGAGUUUUGCAUGGACAUCGACUCUGAAAGUGCAUCGUCGUCGUCAUUCUGGAGUGAAAUCAUAUCAGUGUGAACUGUGCAGUAAAGCGUUCAUCAUUGCAGAUGCCCUGAGGAGCCACAUGAUGAUUCAUUCAGAUCUGAAGCCUCAUGCUUGUUCCAUCUGUGAAAAGACCUUCACGCGAGUCUCCUAUCUGAAAGAGCACGAGAAAACACACACGACUGUGAAAUCUCACAUGUGCUCAGAGUGUGGCAAAACCUUCACUAGAUCUGACCAUUUGAAGAAACACCAGAGAAGGUCUCACUGAAGGGAAAUUUAACCACUGCUCCUCAUGUGGAUGGAAUUUUUGAGAAUUAAGACGUCUUGGGAUUCACAUGAAGUGUUGCAAAGUUCAUCCUCGGAAAACUGUUCAGAACAGAAGAUCCCGGAGAUGUUAAAUGACUAGUGUGUUGACCUUCACUGAAUGUUUCUUGUCAAACAUUGUAAUGAUUUAGUAAAAAGGUAUACACUUUAAAGAAUGCUGGGUUCUUAAGUUGUGUUCCAGGGCUACUUAUUUUAAGGAAACUUUACUAAGCUUCAGAGGUCGUCUGCGAAUGUGUGUGGUUUCAAUGAACGUCAAGUGGACGUGGAGGUACAGAUUACAUAAAAUAUAAUAAUUUUUCAGUAUUUUGGUAUGAUAACGUUGCCAGUCGCGCACCAUUCCAAACUAAUAUUAUUCCAAUUUGUAAGCUUUUUUACAUAAAAUAAUUCUUUAAAAUAAUGCAAGCCAUUUUUAAUAAAUGUAAGGCUUUAUGUGUUUGCAUACAUACUUAAAAUUAGGUUUAUUAUUAAAUCGUAGAAUGCACACCUUACAAUUUACGGACAAUUUAUUAUGGAAUUACUUCUCAUUCUUCUUCUCUACUAACUACGUAAUAUUUGAUGAAUCUCAGUUUAUAUUAUAACAAAUGUGACUUAAGUAAAGGGAAGUUGUGGUAUGACGGUUAGA